GACACUACAAACAUGAUGCCUAACCUUAACUUCAAAUUAAGACCAAAAAUCAUAUUUUAGUUUCAAUACAUUUUUACGAUAGCCAAUGUUGACUUUGUGGCUAUGGUAACCGAUUACACCGGUGUGAUAGAUCCAAAAUGGACGCCGGAGUAAAAACUGCACUGAGCUUUAAAAACUUCAGGAAUAACAAAAGGGCAAAGAGGAUGCAAUCAAGAGUAGACACAGCUUCUUCGUUAUAACCAGAAGAAUCGUAAAACGGUUGGAAGGCUAAAUGAUGAAUCUUCCGGAGGUGAAGUAGUGAGUGGAGCCUCUCUCCCGCCAACAGCCUAGCAUGGACAACUUCUUCAAGGCUGCUGUAUGUGACCUGGACAAGCUUCUGGAUGACUUUGAGCUCAAUACAGAUGAGCACAACUACAGAUCAGUCUCUUUGUCACCUCCCGCGUAUCCCGGCCACUCUCUGGGACCCCAGGGUUUCCUUCCGGAAACCUCCACAGUUCCAGUUCCACACUCUCUCUUUGACCUAAACUCCCUGCACUAUGGCACUGCCCCCAGCUGCCCCGACUGUCCCAGCCCCAGUCCUGGGGAUUGCGAGGCCAAGGGACGGCCUCUCACGGGGGUUGACCUGCUCUCCUCUGUGGACGGCCGGGGGGCUGCUAAGAGCUGUGCGCCACCCUUCCCCAAGCGGGCCCUGAAGCCUGUGUGUGACCUGGUCAGUGACACAGGCUCAGCUCACCUCCUCCUCCGGGUCAACAGCCACGACGCCUUCACUGAGCUGGAUGUGGUGGAGAGACGGCUGGAGGAGCUUCUGGUGGACUUCACCAGCCCCGUGGUGGCGCUGCCUGAGGACUCCUCAGCAGGUCUGGUUCCCGGCCGUGGGAGGACUGAGGGGAGGGAGGGUCUUGCCGGGGGAGGGGAGGGGCUGCUGGGGCUGGACUCUGGUGGUUACUCUGCCUCUCUCAGUCUGCUGGAUGUGAUUCUCCCUGCUGCUGUGGAGAGGGCCCCCUCACUGAGGAACUCUGAGUCUGGAGAGACAGAGGAAGAGAGAGACAGAGAGGGAGAGGCGACAGAGGUGGCCUUCGUCAACCAACACCUGAAAAUCACACCAGCCCACCAGGACCAGGCUAGUGUCCCACCUGUUGCCAUAGACACCAAGAAAGAGGACACUCCCACGUGUGAUAUCGACACAGAGGCCAGGGAGGAGGGUGAGGGGUCUUUGGAGCCCUCUGAGCUGACUGAAGCAGAGAGCUCUGGGAGCUGCACUGGACAGGAACCUAACCCUGAGGAAGGCAGUGGUGGUGUGGCCGAGAGCCCAUCAGCAGAGACAGAGCUUUCGCUGUCCUGCCUGCCCAUGGGCGUGUCCAUGUGUGGGGCCCUGGUGGCCUCCAAGAACCCUGAGGAAGCCAUGGGAGGGGGGGAAGGGGAGGUUGGCCUAACUGAGACCUUAGCGGCAGAGUCCCUGUCUGCUUUUGAAGUCCAUGAGGAAGUUACUCUCCCAGAGAACCCUGAGACUGUGGGGGACUGUACCAACCCUGAUGCUGCCCCUGACAACAAACCUGUCCAGUCACCUAACACACAGAGCCCAGAGACAACCACCAUGCCUUUCCUCCUGGCAGUCUCGGCUCCCGCCGUCUCCCAGCGGCCACUGGAGGUCAGCUUCUCCCUAGUGGAAAAGCAGCCAGUCCCAGGGGCUCCACAGCGCCCAGCCUCCCCUCCCUCAGAGCCCAGCCCCAACCCAAUGGACCCACCUGCGUUUGGGUUUGAGUACCUGCCGGAGAGCGACCAGGCCGGGCUGCUGGUGACAGAUGAGGAGCUGGACGCCUUCCUCCGGGGAGAGACCCAGGGCCAGGAGGACCACGGGGUCCCUGACUGCGGGAGGCCCAAGGAGAACCUCCAGGAUGAGGGCUUCUCCGAGCUCAACGGGAAUCUGGAGGAGCGGCUUGUGGAGGAGGAGCUGCGGAGCUGCAGCCGGAGCCUAGGGGAGGGGCUGGAGAGGCUGGCCUCCCGGGAUUGUGACAGGACCUUGUCUGCAGAGGGGAACGUAGGUCGAGCUCUCUCCGCUCCCUCCCAGGACCCCCCCAGCCCCAGCCACAAAGACUCCAGCCCCUGUAGUCCCAGUAACCUCGCACCACCCUACUACGGAGGGGCCCGACCCAAACAGCUGCACUGUCAAGCACCCAGAGCACCUCCAGCAGCGGGGGAGGACCAAGGGCCCAGUAGCCCCACAGACCGCACUGACACUGGGGAAGAGGUGGACCAGAGCCCCUCUCCUCCCAGCCCCAACCCUGCCGAGGACCCCUCUAACCAAGGUGUACCCUGUCCAGGUUACUCCCCACCUGAGCGCUAUGUGAGCAGUGUGGGGUACGACGAACUGUCGGAGCCCCCACCCUACCCUGGCGAGCCUGCUGGAGAGGGGAGCGGGUCCUCAGAGGGGAGGGAGGUGGAGGAUGAAGAUGGGCUGGGGUGCAAGCAGCCCCCCUGGGUGCCGGAUUCGGAGGCACCCAACUGUAUGAACUGCUGGCAGAAGUUCACCUUCACCAGGAGGAGGCACCACUGCCGGGCCUGUGGGAAGGUGUACUGUGCCAUCUGCUGCAACAGGAGAUGCAAGCUCAAGUACCUGGACAAGGAGGCCCGGGUGUGUGUCGUCUGCUUUGAGACCGUACACAGAAGUAAGACCCAAGCCCAGGCGCUGGAGCGUAUGAGGAGUCCGCCAGGUCCGAGCCCCAACCCCAACGUCCCGUCAGAGUACUGCAGCACCAUCCCCCCCAUGCAGCAGGCCCGGGCUGCAGGCACCCUCAACUCCCCCCCGCCCACCGUCAUGGUGCCUGUCUCCGUGCUCAAAAACCCUGGCAGCGAUGGUUGUCCUCGUGAGCAGAAGCGUGUGUGGUUUGCAGAUGGCAUCCUGCCCAAUGGAGAGGUGGCCAACACCACCAGGCUCUCUGUGACCGGCAGGAGGGGCUCCCAGGAGUCCAGCCCUGUCACACCUGACCCACCUACAGCUGGCAGCAGAGUGUCCCCUGGCUCUGCAGCGGUAUCAGAGGGUGGUGUGUCGACCCCAGUGGAGGUGGUGCGCCCCCCAGUGUCAGGACCCUGGGACUACAGCCUGCUGUGUGGGAUGGGGGGCUGUGUGGAGAGGAGCCCCAGUCUGCUGCCAGAGGAUGAGGAGGGUUUGCCACCUCUACUCAUCACCACCGGAGAGGAGGAAGGAGGGGGGGAUCUAUUGGUGGAGGAGCGCCCCGCCCCCUGCCAGAUCCUUCUCCUAUUGGAGGAGGGAGGGCCGCGACCUUUGACCUUUGUCCUCAACGCAAACCUGCUGGUCAACGUCAAACUGGUCACCUACUGCUGUAGGAAAUGCUGGUGUAUGGGCUCCAGUGGUCUACAGACUGUGGGACAGAGGGAGAUAGUGUUCAUCCUGGAGGUUCUGCCAGAGGAGAGGGCUCUGCCCAAAGACCUGUUCACACUCUACCUCUCCAUCUACCAGGACGCACAGAGAGGGAAGUAUGUAGAGGAGCUGGGCAACGUGGCGUUUACAGGUAGUUUCCUGGGGAGUAAGGAGCACGGCGGCGUGCUGUUUUACUCCCCUACCUUCCAGCCCCUGGAGGGCCUCUGUCUGCCCCCACAGCCCUUCCUCUGUGGUCUGCUCAUCCAGAGGCUGGAGGUGCCCUGGGCCAAAGUGUUCCCCCUCAGACUGCUGCUACGGCUGGGAGCAGAACACAGUGUGUACCCCAGCACUCUGGUCAGCGUCCGCUUCAGAGAAACUGUGUUCAGAGAGACAGGACACACCAUCAUGAACCUGUUGGCUGACCUGAGGAACUACCAGUACAGUCUGCCUGCUGUGGAGGGUCUGAGGAUCCACAUGGAGAUGGGCCACAGCUACAUCGACAUUCCCAAGAGCAGCUUCCCUGAGAUGCUGAAGGUUGUGAAUGCGUCUAACGAGCAUGUGAUCAGUGUGGGUGCCGGGUUCAGCUCAGAGGCUGACUCCCACCUGGUCUGUUUCCAGAACAACGAGGGCACCUAUCAGACCCAGGCCAACAGCCAGCCUGGCAAGACACGCACAGUGACGGGGGCCAGCUUCGUGGUGUUCAACGGGGCUCUGAAGGCCUCGUCAGGCUUCAUCGCCAAGUCGAGCAUCGUGGAGGACGGCCUGAUGGUUCAGAUCCCCCCAGAGACCAUGGAGGCCCUGCGUGCCGCCCUGAGGGGGCAGACUGACUUCCACAUCCCCUGUGGCAAGGCUGACGGAGGGGAGCUCCGGGACAAUGUCACCGUCCGCUGGAUUGACUGGAGCUCCCCUGUCAACGCUGGUGUGACCAGUGGUGUAGACAGGAAACCUCUGGAGGGGGUCCACAGUGUGAGGAUGCAGCAGGACACAGAAUUUGAGUCGGACGGACGCACCAUCAGGUGUACUGAGGUGUUCUACUGGCUGAAGACUCCAGACAUGUCCCUGUCUGCAGUGCUGUCGUCCUGCAAUGUGUUCCACAGGGAGAUGGCUGUGGCCAGCUGUAGUGCUCUGACCCCUCACCUCUCUGUCCUCUCAGCCAGCGGCAUCAACUCCCUCGCCCUCAGAGUCUCCACACACACUGACAUGGUGGAGUACCAGGCCGGUUCAGGAGGCAGGCUCCUACCCCAGCGCUAUAUGAACGAGCUAGACAGCGCUCUGAUCCCCGUCAUCCACGGAGGUUCAGCCAGAGUACCACAGACAGCCAUGGACAUGGAGUUUAUCUUCUACAUCACACACACUGUCUAACACACACAGUCUCGCACAUGGAAACACAAAAACUGUUAAACACUGUACGUGCCAUUACACACACACACACACACACACACACACACACACACACACACACACACACACACACACACACACACACACACACACACACACACACACACACACACACACAGUCUGAAUGUCUUUUCUCAGAGUAAGAGGCUGGAGCUCAGAGGACCUUGGACAAACUGACUGAACCUGAGUACACAAACAGCCAAUCAGGCUUGGCUAAUAACUGAACUAAAGACACACGCCGCCAAUGGCAGGACAUUCCCACAGAGUCUCUCUCUGAAGGCCUUAGAGAAUAGAGAUGUAGGCCUUUGUUCCAGGAUGGACAGUGGAGAAACUGGAACAGUGACAUAGCUUUAAGUCUGAGAAACAUUAUGAAUGCUGCUUUAACCCACGCGGCCAAACACUUAGCACAAAUAACAACAACAAUCCCAAAAAGAAUCAACUCUCCUGAAACUGACUUUUCUCAUCUCUUCCUGCUCUGCCUUGACUUCUUGUUGGCAUCUGUCUGUCAGCCAGCCAAGGAACACCUUGAUGAAUGUUUCCAACCGACACUGUCAACAAACUGCUUUCUUUUCUCUACUCUUCUUUUAAUGUAUUUACUGUAUAUUUAGAAUGACCACAUGGUAAAACAAUGAUGAAUUAUAUUGAAGUUACUUGAUUGACAGCUGUAUGCCAAGCUUGUGAAGAGCAGCAUGACAUGAGACACUGAUGUGCUUUGUAGAGGUUUCUAGAUAAAUUGUUAUUUGAGGAUGUGAACGCUAUUUUAGAAUGAGGAAAUUCUAGAAUGGCGUUUUGAACUUCCUCUCUCUUCAUCGGCAGAGUGCAGAGUCUUGUUUAGCAGACCAGUGGUCUCUCCAGUUGUGUGUUAUAUGUGGGGAAUUCUCUGACAACCCUCACUGUCUCGUCCAAAUCUAUAGAAAUGAUAUCAAGCAUUUUUAAGCGUAAAGUACUAUUUUUUUGGGAACCGUUACUUAAAUGGAAUCGAUGUUCGUAUUUUUGAUAGGACGUUAGCUUGCUGAGUCACUUUAGCAGGUGUAGUGCAAAUAAGGCCUGAGGAGCAACAGAAAAAAACGAUGGUCAAGAGUUUCCCCUGAUGAGGAACACUGUAAAAGUAUUAAAACUUCCCUUCAUAUUUUGUCUGGCCUGAGUUAUUAGCUGCCCUAGAAAGCCUUGAACCAGCCAGACACAUUCUUCAACAAUAUCACCGAUACUGACUGAUGUUAUUGAUAUGGUCCAAUCUUAUUGAUGAAGGUGAGUGUUAAUGUAACAUUGAUCUAUAUAAAUUCCUAUUGAUGCAUAUGAUUGACCAUUGACCAUAUCUUCCUUUCUCAUCCUGUUGUGUUGCGGCUCUCUUAAAACCCUCUAGAGUCGACAUAAUAAGUAACAUAAAAAAAUCCCCAUCAACAUCCUUCAAUUUAAACUACAGAUAUCUGAUAUCUCAUUCCACCGCAUCCGCCUAUGGCGGCCUUCUGCGUCUGCGGUGAAAGAUGGCAGAGCUGCAGCGGUGUUUAUCAGACCAUGAGACAUCCCAAAAAUCAGUCUCACGAAAACGUCUGUAACGUCCGAACGGUUUGCCCACUAUGGAAGAGGGAGACUCUCAAACACGAUGGUGUUCUCUGUAUUGCUCUACGGGACUCGUCUGAAGGUAACAAGCAGUGGCGACCCCAAGCGUCCCAAAUUUGUAGCAAAAAAAUAAAAUAAAGUUUUAUGCUUGCCUGUUUAGCAUUGUAUUUUGACAUUAAUACAUGUCACAUAUCAGUUUGCAAUCAAUGUAAAAAAAUAUAUAUAUAUAUCAUUGAGUUAAUAAAGCUGCAU